AUUACUCAUUCAAACGUAGUAGAGUAAACGUUUAACCGCCUUUAAAGUAAUUCGCAUUCUGUCAUCGCGCGAUCUCAUCUACUAUAUCAAUUGUAUAGUCCUCUUUCCCUUCCUUAUCGUAACUAUUUUAUAAAUUGCGAGUAUUGGGCGGCUCGGCGCGUUCUUUAUUUUUUCUUAUCUUUAUUUUCUGAUUUGGAAAAUUUCAAUUCGAGAAUCGACGAAUAUAAACAACGAAGGAGAAUACUACGAAUUACUGAUCGACAGUCAACAUCAAAUCUUCAGAGUGAAGCGUAGGACGAAUUUUGAGGAAACCUUUAUUUCAACUUGGAUCAGACUAACCGGAUAGCGAGGACAUAAAGGAUCAAGAGGUGAAUCGAGAUGCCUAAUAAAAAGAAAUCGCAAAAUAAACCGAAAGUUUAUUGCGAAAGAUGCCAACGGUUAGGACAUCUCACAGAAGAUUGUUACACGCUUAUGUGCAGCUACUGUAAAAAGGCAGGACACGACCUCAGUAUGUGUAGAUCCUUUCAGAAAGAUAAAAAAUACGUAAUGGAGACAGCUAGACAGUAUUGCAAAAAAGAUUUUACAAAACCUCGUGGUCAACCUUCCGAGAACCAGCCUAGUACCAGCAGCUGCAGUUCGAAUAUCGGUAUAGAAAUAUCAAACAUAGCAACAGUAGGAGUUUACCGUCAAUAUUUAAAAUGUCUUCACAAAGAUGUCAUCGAGAUCUCAACCCCAGAAUUGAAUUGUGAAAAAGCAAAAAUGUUGGUUGGUAUAAACUGUCCAAUUACAAUGAUAAAGAUAGGAAAGUUAAAGAACAGUGUGGUUGCUGCUAAAGAAGUCCUCACUUUUGAGGAUGCAUACGGCGCCCGGGUUAAAACCAUAUGUUUAAUAUGCUUAAGUAUACACGUAAAUAACAAAACUGUACUACAUCCUUGUCGAGUAAUUUCUGAUGACUUUUACAUAGAGACAGAUGGCGUAUUCGGCAAGGAUUUUAUCGGCAGAUCAAAAAUCAAGCCUGGCCAAAACGUAGAAUUAGCUGGAAUACAAAUACCAUUCAUAGCUCACGAAUAUGUACGUGGAGUACUAAGAGUUGAUGAACUAGUGGAAGUCCCAAACGCGGAUUCAGAUUCAGACACACUAACAGGAUCAGGUAGCGAAAUAAAUUCCUAAAUCAGGUAUUUCUCUCGCGUUACGCCAAAUGAGGUAGGUUGUAGUCUCGAAUAGCUGAAUUUUUAAAUUUUAUAUAGUAAAUGACUACCUGCCAGAUUUCUAUUUAUAACUUUUUAUUCUAUGUUAUUUAUUUUACUAAAUUUCUACUGUUUUCCGAAGAAUUAAUCGAAACAUUAACUUUUAUCUUAUGACGUAUGGAUUAUACUUAAGGAGAAAUGAAGUUUAUCAUUUCCUUUGCAAUAUUUCGAUUUUUCAAAAUUAUUAUAUAGAUCACGACGGAUGUGAAAGCACCUCGGAUGCCAUAUUAUUACACCAGGAUUGAAUUUAAUAAAAUAAUAUUUAAAAAUGUAAUUCAAUUAUCCGUUCAAUUAUAUAUAUCAUAAGCUAUACGCGAAAACCUAACACUAUUGAUAUUUAACGGUAUAAUGUUGAUAGAAGUACGUCAAUUUGAUACAUAUUUCGAUUUAUGUAAUAUUCAAACCAACGCAAUUAUCUAUUAUUUGCGAACACUGCGUGACACGAAGUACAAGAUUGCCAUAAUUACGACUGAAGGAAAAUGUAUCAUUUUAAUAGGAAAAAUCACAAUAUAGAUUAACACACAUCCAAAUAUAAUUUAACGUUAGCAGAUUUUCCCGACGAUACAAUACAAAUGUAAAAUAAUUAAAAAAAAUCAGAAGAUGUAUGUUUAAUUAAGAGAAGCUUAACACAGUUAAAAACAUACAUUUUUGAAAGAAAUAGUACUGCCUCUGCAUAAUGUUAUUAUACAGUCGCCUUACUUAUUUAAUUUAUUACUGGAGGGAUAGUAAUAAUUAUCAUUCAUUCAACGAAUAUCGAUAAGUAAAUUACGAACGUUUAUACAUUCACGAAGAAUUUAAAUGUGUAAAAAUGUAGAUCAAUGUAGAAAAUAUCUAAGGUAAGGUAAUUGUUCUAAUAUUAUGGAAAGUAAGUCAACUCUUUAUUUAGAUCUUAGAUAUUUCUUAAUUAAUCUACAAACGUGUGAAUUUGCAUAAACAUUCGUAAUGUACACGAAAUUCUUAUCCCAUUUAUAUUGUAUUUUGCAUUUGUAUUGUAUUAUUCAUCACGCUGUUUACAGAAUUAAAGGAGAAUAAGGAAUUCGCAAUGUAGCCAUCGAAAAUCAAUAAUGAAUACUAAACGAAAAACUAGUCUAUUGUUAUCAUAUUACUAACGUUUAUUUGCAAAGUGUUUGGUUCCUACUCUUGUCCGUAGAGCAUAAUAUCAUCAAGCAAACAAAAUUUGAGGUCUUUGUAUACUUAGUGUCACAUUUCAGUCAAUUCAUAUAUAAUAACUUUUAAGGUGUUAAUAAUAUUGAAAAUAUUCCAGAUUAAAGCAUGUCUCUGUAAACGGUCGAGUUUUUGUACUUAAAAGAAUAUUUGUGGAUAAGCUUUCGUCUCUUUUAUGCCUCUUAUUAUUAUUAUUAUUAUUAUUAUUAUUAUCCACUGUAAGUUUGAUAAGAACUAAACUUUCAUUCAAAAUGUGAAUGAAUUACUUAUGAUGUUGACAAAUACGUAUAAGAUCGUACAUUUAAUAUUUAAUAAAUUUUCACAUUCAUUCAUCAAGCUAUUUU